GAGAUCGCUAGUUCCAAAUAUCUGCGGCACACGGCAAAAGUGCCUCAGGGGAAUAGUGCAGAGAUGGGAACUAUUUCAGCGAUUUGUUUUCUUGCUAUAUGUGUUCUUCAAAGUGUAUCCUGCGAUGAGCUCUUGGUGAAAGUAGCACAGGGAUGGCUAUCUGGUGAGGAGUUAGUAACAGUCACAGGGGAUUCAAUAUAUUUCAGCUUUAAAGGUAUCCCUUACGCCAAGCCACCUGUCGGCGAACUCAGAUUCAAGGCACCGCAAGCACCAGAACCAUGGGAGGGAGUCAGAAAUGCUUCAACUCACGGAGCAGUUUGUCCUCAAGUUGAUUUAUUGAACAACAUAUACAUCCCCGGAGAUGAAGACUGCCUUUUCUUAAAUGUCUACACCCCCAAUAUGAAACCAAAAAAACCUCUUCCAGUUAUGUUCUUCAUUCAUGGAGGCGUGUUAAAAUUCGGUUCUGGAAAUGAUGAUUUAUACGGACCCGAUUUCAUUGUUCCGAAUGGUGUUGUUCUCGUUACAAUCAACUACAGACUGGAUACAUUAGGGUUCCUUAACUUAGGAACAAAAGAUGUAUCUGGAAACGCAGGAUUGAAAGAUCAAGUGCUAGCGCUUAAAUGGGUGCAAAAGAACAUUCAUUUAUUCGGUGGCGAUGCUAAGAGCGUUACCAUCUUUGGAGAAAGUGGAGGCGGUACUUCGGUUGGUCAUCACUUACUUUCACCAAUGUCCAAAGGUUUAUUCAAUAGAGCUAUAUUACAAAGUGGAGUUCCAGACAUAGACUGUUUUGUAGAACACAAAUCCAUAGAACGAGCACAUGUGCUUGCUGAGUCAUUUGAUGAAACCAUGCGAACUAAGAAUAAGGAUGACAUUCUCGCCUUUUUACAAACUGUGCCAGUUAGAUCUUUGCUCAAUACCACCAGUUAUGUCGCUGCUGCUGAAGAGAUUACUCAAGUUCUAUUCAAAUUUACUCCAUUCACACCGGUAAUCGAAGGUGAUUAUGGACAAGAGAGGUUCAUAACUAAAGACCCUUAUGAAUCACUUGACCUUGGCGAAGUAAAUACGGCAGAUGUUAUGAUGGGUUAUAAUUCGAAUGAAGCUUUGAUUAUGAUUCCAUUUUACGUAUCUAAACCGUUUAGAUACAUAAACCGUUACAAAACUUACCCAGAGAUGUUAGUUCCCAGCAAAAUAUUAAUUAAAUAUCCUAUUGAUGUUAAUUUAGCUGUUGCUAAGUCUAUAAGAGAGUUCUAUUUUGGCGAUAAAGAUAUUAGCGAAGAAAAUAUGGCUGAGUUUGUAACCUUUAACAGUUUCGUCAGCUUGGUAUAUGACGUGCAUAGGUUCAUCAGAAGAUGGCCUAAAGUUGGAAAAGUAUUUUUCUAUCAGUUUUCUAUUAGAACUAGUAGGAGUAUGUACAGCGAGAAUAACUAUGGAAUUGAUGGAGUGGCGCACUUUGAAGAACUGUUCCAUGAGUUCGAUCCAAAAAUGUUAAACUUCACUCUAACCAAAGAUAGCGAGGAAUAUAGACUGGUGCAAAUCUUCCCGAAAAUAGUUACUAACUUUGCUAAGUUCGGCAAUCCGACUCCUGACUCCUCGUUUGGCAUCCAGUGGCCUCAGUUCGACACGAAGAGCUUGGCCUACGUGAACAUCGACGCCAACCUCACCGUGGGCUACAAUCCCGACGAGGAACACGUCCGCUUCUGGAAGAAGAUCUACGAUACCGUUGGCCUGAAGUUCUAAUUUAAAACGAGCAUUGAAAUAAACUUAUUUUUCACUGGUU